CGGCUCCCCGCGCCCCCGGCCUGCGGGACACGGCGUGGGUCCCUCCCCAGGCACCCAGCGCCAGGAGAGACCCCGCGGGCUGGAGCAGCCGGUUCCCCAAGCACUGAGCAGACCCGUGGGGUGUCGCGCUGUCCCGGGCCCGCUCCAGCCCACGCGAAUGGCAACCGUGAGCGGGGCCUGCGGGAAUGCUUCCCCCUAGUGAGGAGCGAGGUGGAACCCUGGCUUUGCAGUGGCGGCACCCGCGGCCCCCGAGCGAGGGACAGACCGGACUGUGCCGACCCGUCCUAAGCUCUGCCCCGCGCAGUGGCGUCAGUGCCUCCGCCGCGUGCCGUCACGGCCUUGUGACGUCACUGAACGUCCCCGUGCCCGCCGGGUCCCCGCUGACCGAGCGUUCCGGCCGGGCCGGUGUUUCCGGGGAAGGACUCGGUGGCGCUUCCGGCGCGGGCGGAGGAAGUGACGGCGGGUUUGUUGACAGCCGAGGCUGCGGUGGGGGGUGCGGGCCCGAGCAGGACGCGGACCCCGGCCCGCCCCGGGGAGCCGGGACCAGCCGGGACCAGUCCCCCAUGGCGCUAGCUGUCCUGAUGGCCCCAUAAAUUCAUCCCAGAACUUCAUUUGAGGGAAGGAUCUCCUGCAUCAAAAGCUUCCUUCUGCUCUUCCCCUUGCCAUAAUUUCCCUCAAGAUGGCAUCUGACAGUCCUGAGUCGCUGAUGACCUUGUGUACUGAUUACUGCCUUCGCAACCUGGAGGGGACUCUCUGCUACCUCCUGGACAACGAAACGCUCCGGCUCCAUCCCGACAUCUUCCUGCCAAGCGAGAUCUGUGACAAACUUGUCAAUGAGUAUGUGGAGCUGGUGAAGACAGACAGCAUCUUUGAACCCCAUGAAAGCUUCUUCACCCUCUUCUCAGACCCACGGAGCACCAGGCUAGCUCGGAUCCACCUGCGGGAACACAUCGUGCAGGACCAGGACCUGGAGGCCAUCAGGAAGCAGGAUCUUAUUGAGCUCUACCUGACUAACUGUGAGAAGCUGACAGCUAAGAGUCUGCAAACCUUGGUGAGCUUCAGCCACACACUGAUCUCUCUGAGCCUCUUUGGCUGCUGCAAUAUCUUCUACGAGGAGGAGAACCCCGGGGGCUGUGAGGACGACUGCCUGGUGAACCCCACUCGCCAGGUCUUGGUCAAGGACUUUACUUUUGAAGGCUUCAGCCGCCUGCGCAUCCUGAACCUAGGCCGCCUGAUCGAGGGGGUAAAUGUGGAGACACUGCUGCGGCCCUUGGCCUCCCUUGCAGCUCUCGACCUUUCUGGGAUCCAGCUCAAUGAUGUGGGAUUCCUGACCCAGUGGAAGGACAGUCUGGUUUCCUUAGUGCUUUACAACAUGGACCUUUCAGAAGAGCACAUACAAGUGAUUGCACAGCUUCGCAAGCUCAGGCACCUGGAUAUCUCCCGAGACCAUCUGUCCAGUUAUUACAAGUUCAAGCUGACCCGGCGGGUUCUAAACCUGUUUGUGGAAAACCUGGUGAACCUCACUUCGCUCGACAUCUCAGGGCACACCAUGCUGGAGAACUGCACUAUCCCCAGCAUGGAGGAGAACAUGGGCCAGACAAGCAUUGAGCCAGCAAAGAGCAGCAUUGCUCCCUUCCGGGGUCUGAAACGACCACUGCAGUUCUUGGGCCUUUUUGAAACAUCCCUCUGCCGCCUGACCCAUAUUCCAGCCUACAAGGUGAGUGGAGACAAGAAUGAAGAGCAAGUCCUGAAUGCUAUUGAGGCUUACACCGAGCACCGGCCGGAAAUCACUUCCCGGGCCAUCAACCUGCUUUUCGACAUUGCCCGCAUCGAGCGCUGCAGCCAGCUGCUGAGAGCCCUCCAGCUGGUGAUCACAGCCCUCAAGUGCCACAAGGAUGACAAAAACAUUCAGGUGACGGGCAGCGCCGCGCUGUUCUACUUGACCAACUCCGAGUACCGCAUGGAGCAGAGCGUGAAGCUGCGGCGCCAGGUCAUCCAGGUGGUGCUGAACGGCAUGGAGUCCUACCAGGAGGUCACAGUGCAGCGGAACUGCUGCCUGACGCUGUGUAACUUCAGCAUUCCCGAGGAGCUGGAGUUCCAGUACCGCCGAGUGAACGAGCUGCUGCUGAGCAUUCUCAACCAGAGCCGGCAGGAUGAGUCCAUCCAGCGCAUCGCUGUGCACCUCUGCAAUGCCCUGGUCUGCCAGGUGGACAACGACCACAAAGAAGCUGUGGGCAAGAUGGGGUUUGUCAUGACAAUGCUAAAGUUGAUUCAGAAGAAGUUGGUUGAUAAAACGUGUGAUCAGGUGAUGGAGUUCUCCUGGAGUGCCCUUUGGAACAUCACUGAUGAGACCCCAGAUAACUGUGAGAUGUUCCUUAACUACAGUGGCAUGAAACUGUUCUUGGAGUGCUUGAAAGAGUUCCCAGAGAAACAGGAGCUGCACCGCAACAUGCUGGGUCUCCUGGGCAAUGUGGCAGAAGUGAAGGAGCUCCGCCCGCAGCUCAUGACCUCCCAGUUCAUCAGUGUGUUCAGCAACCUGCUGGAGAGCAAAGCUGAUGGGAUUGAGGUGUCCUAUAAUGCCUGUGGAGUGCUCUCCCAUAUCAUGUUUGAUGGUCCAGAGGCCUGGGGGAUCUGUGAGCCUCACAGAGAGGAAGUUGUGAAGAGGAUGUGGGCAGCCAUCCAGAGCUGGGAUAUCAACUCCAGGAGAAAUAUCAAUUACAGGUCAUUUGAACCAAUCCUUCGACUUCUUCCACAAGGGAUCUCCCCAGUCAGCCAGCACUGGGCCACCUGGGCACUCUAUAACCUGGUCUCUGUCUACCCUGACAAGUACUGCCCACUGCUGAUCAAAGAAGGUGGGAUUCCUCUCCUGAAGGACAUGAUUAAAAUGGCCUCAGCACGACAAGAGACCAAGGAAAUGGCCCGGAAAGUUAUAGAGCACUGCAGUAACUUUAAGGAGGAGAACAUGGACACUUCCAGAUAGAGGCAAUCACCCAAUGCCUCUUGCCAGCACUGUAUCCAGCUUCUCUCUAACUCAUUGUACAUAGGGAGGACUCUUUCUUACCAACUCGCCCGUUGGAAGGAAACUUUAUGUGUGUGUGUGAGACCCUCAGUAGAUGAAGGUGAAUAGGGGAGGGGGGAGGGACUUUUUGCACAACAAAAUGCUUUCCUUAACUUAGUGGACUUUUUUGUUAUGAAGUUUCAGGUUGAAGUUCCGUGUGUAUGAUUUCUGUAUAAAAAGAGAACAAAAAACAAAGACAAUUACAUUACGUAUCUUUUAACCUUUUUAUUUUAGACCACACAGAGAGCCUCAAAUGACCAUGAGCUUGAAGACCUUGUGUGAUCACUAGUGUGACAUGUUUAUUUCCCACUUUUUAGAAAAUUCCCUUUUGCUGUACUGCAUGAGGUCCUGUGAUGUCUGCAAGAUCACCAGUCCUGAAUCAGCAUUGGCUGCUCAGUGGGGAGACAGGCAGUGAUGUGGGUCAUUUGGAAGUAAGACAUUCCCAAUAAAGUCAAGAGGUCUGUUUUGUCCCCAUUGGCAGUACAGUAGGAUCUGCCAGCCCACCCAGCCUCAGAAGGUCAGGGAUGACCAGUAGAACCAUUUAUACAUUCUUGGCUACAAGAGCUUCUCUCUCAAAGGGAGCCUGUGCAACAAGGCACAAGGUUUGUUCACAAAGGGCUACACAUCUUCAUUCCAGUCCUUCACCAAACUUUUUAGUUGUGUUUUGUUUUGUGGGAAAGGGCUACAAAGCCAAACAGAGUAUUUCCCUCUGCAUACUGCUAGACCCUAGUCCAGAGCAGCUGUGCCCCUUCGUGCAAGUCCCAGGAAGGGACUGGAGCUGUUCUGUCAUCCCUCAGCCUGUGUCAUCACAAGCUGUGCCCAGUAGCAUCAUAAUCUUCUUUCCCAGGAAGCACAACUGGAAUUGGAGGUAGGGAUUCUCCAGGCACCCUCUGAAAGGCAAUCCCAGGAAAUAGCACCUUUUGUUCCAUCCCAAGAUCUUCCCCCUUUUCUCAGAAGCAGAAGGGCCUAUUCCUAUCAGACUCCCAGAAGCACUUACCAGUGCAGUCCCAGUCCCAUCAGCACAUUACUCCAGCCUGUGUGACACAGGUGAGAGGAGAGUCCCACUGAGCUGGUCUUCACCUGUAACACUCCUGACCUGUAAUGGCUCAAGAAGCUGAAGGCCAAGGUUUGCUUCAGCCAGGUACUCAGCAGUACAGUUGUCCAUGUCAUAGCCCACUGCUCAUCACAAUUCUUUGAGAAUUCACAAAUUUUCCCUUAGAAGGGAUUCUUAGAAGACGUUGUGCCUGGUAGAAGGAAGAUGAGCCCAUGGCCAUGCAGGCUGGGAUAUUUCAGGCCUCAGAGCACAGUAAUUCGCUGCUCUCUUCCCUCAUACACUUUGCUCUCAGAUUUGAGUCGCUGCUAUGAGGUUCUGCUAACGCUCAGAUUUCAUGUUGUCCUUGUGAGCACGUUAGAGACGGAUCCUUGAUCCACAAACUGACACUUUAACUGACAGAAUAUAAACUGCCUGGAGAGGUUUACUUUUACUGCCAAUACGGUGUUAUUCAAUGUCUUUUUUUUUUUUUUUUUCUUUUUAACCAUAUGUCAUUUGUUUCGGUAUUGUGAGAUCUGUACUUUUUUCUUUUAAGUAUUUUUCAAACAUAUAUAUUUUUGUGUCACUUUUAAAUUGUUUUCAUAAGAUUUGCAAAACUUGACAAAUUAUACUUUUUUGCAGUCCUUUGAAAUGUAUUUUUCUCUUAUUCCUGUUUCCUAAGAAUUUGCGUCCCUAUGAGCUUUGAGAUGGUGAUGCUUAUUUCAAGAUCUGUUUUCUGUGUAACAUUUGCUAAUCUUCCUUCUAGAUGCAAAACUAAGAGGGGCUGCAGAUACAGCCUUGGUUGUUAGGGGAGUCAGGCUUUGUUGUUUAAUUCCCCAUUUAGUGCUGCUGUUCUUGGGAAGUUGUUUCACAUGGCAGUGCCACCCACCACGUCUGCUUCCUUUCCAAUGCCCAUAUAGUGAAAGCUCCUGCCACUAAAAUCUUGAACUGACUGACAAAAAGCACUCAAGAUUCUGACUGUGUUGGCAAGGUGGGAGUAAAGCAGAAGGGGACACAUGACAGAUGUGAGGUAUCAGAAAGUCUUGUCCCCAGAAAGCAGCUGCCACAUUGGGGAGACAGUGGAGCUGAGGAACUCCUAUCUCAGCUGGAGCAGAUCCCAGCCUCUCCCUGCAAUCCAAGCCAAGCAGCUGGGCUCUACUCUGAGAUUUUGCCACAAUUGCAUCAAAGCUAAUGAACAACCAAUGGCUUGGUUUUAUCUGCCUUGAGACCCCGAAGGUUUGGGUUUUCCAAACCAGUGCUUCCACAAGUUGAGCAGUUACUGGAAUCUCACCUGCUGCAUCCCAAACUAACAAGAUCCAUACUACAUCAAAGCUGUUUCACACUGUAAAGGUAACCUCUGUGCUCACUGCUCACAGACCCUCAGCAAGCUAUACCUCAGCCCGAAUCAGGAUAAAAAGAUUUUCCCAGCAAUAAGGAGAUAAGUGGAACCAGGCCAGACUGUCAGAAAAGCUCAGCUUGCUGAAAUCUGUCACCUAUCCCAGGGGAAAGAGGGACUCUAACUGGGCUGUUGUAGAAAGCCUCGUGAACGAUUUUGACUCAGGCCACCAGCAAGGAAAAUGCCUGAGGCAGCACAUUAAAAGGAGUAACACCCCUGUUAGAGUAACAUGAGCUUUUGAGCUUUGCCUGCAAGCUUCAGUGUCUUCAAGAUUUUGUGAGCUGAAAAAUAACAUUUUCCCUUCAGUAAGAAGAAAAGAGGGAAAAGUGUCCUCUGAGCACCAGAGCACAAUCAAACAGUUCCUGUAACUGGAAGACUGAAACUAGUUUGGGCCUCAGUUUCCCUAACUGAAACUGAGUAACUAACUGAAGCCAUAAUGCAUGACCUGAAAAUGUUUUUUGGUGGCAAGGAUUUAACUGGUGCCAUAGAUCCAGAGCUGAGGACAGAACAGGAGAGUUGCCCAGAGACAUCACAUCAAUGUUCCGCAAAGGAAGGGAGGGCAAAGUGGCAGAUCUUUUUAUGAAGGUUUAAUGUAAAAGGGGAAGCUGGAUACUCUGAAAUGCUUGACUGCUCCAGGGAUGCCUCUCAGGCCUUCCAGCUUUGCUGGAUCAAAGGAACAAGCCAGGAAACUUCAACUCCACACAAAAUUAUACAGCCAGUGACUAACCCUGCUCAGAAAACCAGAAUGGGGUUCUAUUUUUCAAAUGAAAGUCCAGCUGGAGAGAAGUUCACAGCAUGUAAGGAUAUUGCAGAGGGGCUCCUUGUGCUCAGUAGCUGUUGGCCCACUCAGACUCUUCAUGUUUUCGCUACUACAUUUCCUUUAAUAUUCCAAAGCUUGGCAAGCAGAGCACGAACACAACUCAGUAGGUCCCUUCAGAGACUACCAACAAAGGAAUCUUCUACCUGAACUGUGUGUGGUUUCCUUCCUGGCUGGAGGCUGCCCUGUCCUCCAGUGGCCCUUGUCAGUGACCCAGCAGUGCCCAGGUGUCCAUGUUCUCUGGAGCAGAUAAGAGCAAACAGGUGAGCAACUUCCCACCAGUGCUUCCAUUUUACAAGAUCUGUGGGAGGAAUUGCUCAUAAGGAUUGGCAUCUACUUGGGUGGUGUUUAACACCCAGACGCACCAGACUUUCUCAUCUAGUCCAAGCCAAGAAAGUUUAACACACUGGUACUUGUGGCAAUCAGAACACUGCAGAUAAUUCAUCUGCACCACGGCUGCUGUUUCCCUGCACUUUCCUACUGAAACGAUUCUCUUCAGCACUGAAUCCUACCCAGCUUGUCACCUUGGCUGGGCUUCUGCUGCUGUCACUCUGGUCUCUGCAAAAGAUGAGUGGGAAGAAAAGUCUUGGAGCUGUGAGUCAAUUCCCUCUCAUUACCUGAAGAAGGCAAUUUAUUACCAGUAGGGCAAGAGCUAGAGGGCUCUGCAGUCAGGGACUAUCCAUAGAAAAGACAUUUCCUUGAGAUUGUUUAGGGAGGAGUCUGCCACAGCUCAGGUGUUAGAGGACAGCUUGUGCUGGAAAAAGAGAAUUAAAAGUAGGGAAACAGCUGGUCUCCAUGACAACCAUGUAUGUGUAUGAAGCACAGAGGGCAACAGUCAUCAGGAAUGGAUGAAAAGCAGCAUGAGGGCUGAAGGAGAAGAGAGCACUUAAGGAAUGAGGGAGAUACUCUGCUGAACUGAAACACUUCUGCUUUAGCAGACUGUUUUGAUUUCAUAUAACUGUCAGUGAUUCUCUCUGUAACUGUUUUCUUGUUUUAGAAAAGUUUUUAAGCUAACUAAAUAUGUAUUUCCUUGUUUUGCAAUGAAAAUACCCUCAGUUAUAAUGAGCAAGUGUCUCCUUUUACUCUGUCCAUGGACCUGCCUGAUGCUGAGGCCUGGUUCAAAUGUUUGUACCUGGUGAAACUGAGAAAAAAAAAAAUCAAAAUGCACAACUGUUGCUUCCUUACAAUUCUGAAUGAAUUAACUUUUCUGUUGUAUCCAUUGGAUACCCACAGUGUAUUAAACCUAGUGCUCAAGAGUGUCUUCUUCCUUUGUUCUAUGAAUGUGGUUUAUUUAGGUACAUUACUGGUCCAUUUGCUGUCAUAUAUUUAAUUAAAAAUGAAAGGAACUGCCA